AUGGGUAUGAGGAGCAGGCACCCAAAGGCGUUGGGUUUCCGCUGCUACCCGGCAAGCCACCGCUCCCUAACUCUGGUACUGUGGAGCCUAGUGGCAUUGGUCGUCGUUGUGAAUUUCCAUCUUCUCAUAAUUCAUAAGGAGGAGGAUGAGACUAUGAGUACACACGAGAUCCGCCGAUCGAUUAUGAGGGAGCUGGAAGUGGUGGAGGAGGAGAAGUUCCGGCUAGCUCCUCCCCGGAGUCGGAGGAAUCCCCGGGCUGUGCGUCGCAAGGGAGAGAAGAAGCCGCCUACAAUAGUGGAUGAGUUCUUGGAUCAGUCUUCUGCGGUGCAUGAUAUGUUCUUCCCAGAACUGAAUACGGCUGUAGAUCCAAUCAACGGUGGAAAUGACAGCAUGUACUUCUACUACCCAGGCAGAAUUUGGUUGGACACAGAUGGAAAACCAAUUCAAGCUCAUGGAGGAGGUGUCCUGUAUGAUAAGAGGACCAACACCUAUUUCUGGUACGGGGAGAAUAAGGAUGGCAAAACCUACAAAGCUCACACCAAGGGAGCAGACAGGGUUGACAUCAUUGGAGUAAGUUGCUAUUCUUCCAAGGACCUGUGGACAUGGAAAAAUGAAGGGCUUGUCCUCCGUGGUGACGAGAAGAAUGUAACACAUGAUCUUCACAAAUCCAAUGUCCUAGAGAGGCCCAAGGUGAUAUACAAUGAUCGGACUGGCAAAUAUGUGAUGUGGAUGCACAUAGAUGAUGCUAACUACACCAAAGCUUCAGUUGGUGUGGCCAUCAGUGACUCUCCGACAGGCCCAUUCACUUAUCUCUACAGCAAGCGUCCACAUGACUGCGAAAGUAGAGACAUGACCAUCUUCAAGGAUGAUGAUGGGAAGGCCUACCUGAUAUACUCUUCGGAAGACAACAGCGAGCUCCACAUUGGUCUGCUAACUGAUGACUACCUUGAUGUCACCGAUGUGAUGCGAAGGCUUCUCAUCGCACAGCAUCGAGAAGCUCCUGCGCUCUUCAAGCAUGAAGGCACCUACUACAUGGUAACCUCUGGCUGCACAAGCUGGGCUCCAAACACUGCGCUGGCUCACGCGGCAACAUCAGUGAUGGGACCUUGGGAGACACUAGGGAACCCCUGUGUGGGAGGGAAUGAGGUCUUCAGAUCAACAACAUUCUUUUCCCAGAGCACAUUUGUCUUGCCGGUUCCAGGGCUGCCGGGCUCAUUCAUCUUCAUGGCUGAUCGGUGGAACCCAUCUGAUCUUAGAGAUUCGCGGUACGUCUGGCUGCCUCUGACGAUAGGGGGAGUCCCUGAUGAAGCCGCAGACUACAGCUUCAUGUUCCCUCUCUGGUCCCGGGUGUCAAUUUACUGGCACAAACGGUGGCGUCUCCCUGAGGAGUGGAGGGAUUCCUGA